AUGGCUGAUGUAUAUGCCCCUGGAGGUCCAGUGCCUCAUAUCCCAGAUGAUUUAACCGUCGCCCAGUUCAUCCUGGACGUAGAGCAUACUGCAAGACCUGAUGACCAAGGCAGACCGUGCUUGAUUGAAAACGACACUGGGAGACCCGUCGGAUUCCAGGAGCUUCGAGCGCGUACCGACGGACUGGCCAGGGCGCUCAGAAGCCGCUGGAACAUAGGAGAAGAUGAUGUUGUGUGUAUAUUUGGGCCGAAUCACGUUGACUACCCAGUGGCUGUCUGGGCUGUGCACAGAUUAGGUGCAACUGUGACGGCUGCCAAUCCGUCUUACACUGCAGAGGAGCUCGAGUACCAACUGGAUGCCACGAAUUCCAGGCUCUUGAUAGCUCAUCCCUGGAAUCUCCCUGCCGCAAUAUCCGCAGCCCGCAGUGCGGGGCUGUCAACGGAUCGAAUAAUUCUUUUCGACAUGGAAUGCGAAGGAUCGUCGUCGACCGAGUUGGCCGGACACACCACAAUACAAGAACUUGUAACAGAGGGCCACUCGAGCAUGCAGAUUUUUAUUGAGCGCUUAUUCAGGCCGGGCGAAGCCAGGCAUAAACUAGCCUUCCUCAGCUUUUCUAGCGGAACUACAGGUAGACCUAAGGCCGUGUGCAUAACUCAUUAUGCAGUUAUCGCAUCCAUCGUUCAGCUGGCACAAUUGGCAAACUCGCAGACCCAGCGCCUGGAAGACAGGAAGAUACGCCCUGGGGAUCUCUGGGUAGCCUUUACGCCAUUCUAUCACAUCUACGGCCUCACAGCCCUCAUGCACUUCGCGUUAUGGUAUAGAGAGACCCUGGUCGUGAUUCCUAAGUUCGACUUUGUGGGGAUGCUCAAAAGCAUCAGUCGGUACCGAAUCAAUGUCCUGCCAGUUGUACCCCCGGUGGUUGUUCUCCUCUGCAAACACCCCGCCGUCCAGAACUAUGAUCUCAGCUCAGUUCGACUGGUCACGAGUGGUGCUGCGCCGCUCUCCGCAGAGCUUAUUCAUCAGCUUUCUGCUAUACUCCCCUCUACCAGCAUCGGACAAGGUUAUGGAAUGACUGAAGCUGUGGGUUCCGUAUGUUUCCCCCAAGUAGAACAGAAGAUUGGGACGCCAGGAAGCGCGGGGCGUCUCGUUCCAGGAAUGAUUGCACGUGUUUUGAAGCCCGAUGGCACCGUCGCAAAAGCGGGCGAAGUGGGGGAGUUGCUUCUCAAAGGCCCCUGUGUUGCAGAGAGAUAUUUGAACAAUGAAGAAGCCACGAGAGAGACAUUCAAAGACGGGUGGCUAUAUACGGGGGAUGUAGUCACGAUCAACGAACAUGCGGAAGUCUUUAUCCUUGAUCGCAUAAAGGAAAUGCUCAAAGUGAGAGGAUUUCAAGUGGCCCCAGCGGAGCUCGAGGGCCAUCUCCUGGAUCACCCUGACGUCUCGGAUGUUUGUGUUGUCGGUUUACCGGACGACUACAAUGGAGAAUUACCUCUAGCAUUUGUGGUCCUAUCUGCAGACGCGCAACAUCGCGUUUCAAGAGCCCCCGUUGAGGCGAACAAAGUCCGAGCCGCGCUGGAGAAGCACGUAUCUGACACUAAGGUACGCUACAAGUGGCUGGCUGGCUUGGAAUUUGUCGACAGCAUACCGAAAAACCCAAGUGGAAAAUUGCUGCGUCGCGUGCUACGCGAUCGCGCUAAAGAGCUACAAGCUUCGGGAAAGUUGUCCAUGAAGAUCAGAGGGAAGCUAUGA